AUGUUUGAAGUUCAAGCUGAUAUGCAUUAUCCUGAUCUUAUUCGUGUUCAAUUUCAAUCACGACACUCUAAAAUGAAGAAAUAUUAUGCUACCGUUCGUUUCGACAGCGAGCAGCAAACAGUGAAAGAAUGGUACUAUACUUGUCCAACAGGACUACGAAAACUCGGUUGCUGUACUCAUAUUUCUGCUUUAUUGCCGCAUCUUGGAGUUAAUCGUGCACAAAUUCCUGAUUCACAUCCUCUUUCAGCAAGUCAUCUUAUCGAAUAUGUGGAAAAUACUUAG